UCCACGGCUGUCUUAGGUUUUGUGCCCUAUAAGGGUGAUUGGUUAGAAGUUGAGUAUUAUGUUGAGCCAGACUCCUCAAACAUCAAGGCAUGCUCAGUGAAGCCCGUGAUCUGUAAACCUGUGGAAGAGGUGUGCAUUACUAGCCUUAAUGGAAGAAAUGGGGUGUUAGAUGAUAGCAUCUUUUUCACCUUGGAUUCGCUGAAACUUCCUGAUGGAUACAUACCUCAAUUAUAUGAUGUCGUCGACGCAGUCGUGGUGGAGAGCAUUCUGCCCUGCUAUACUUGGAGAGCAGUUUCUAUCACCCCAGUGCGAAGGUCGAAAUAG